UGAAACCAGUAACAUUUCCCUACCACGCUCUUCUCCUUCUUCUUCGUCUUUACCGGAAGCCAUUACCCUAAUUCGAUCCGUAACUGCUCACCGCUCCCUCGCUGAAGCUUUUGCGGCCGCUGGUUGGGCCGUACAUGGAGAGCACCGACUCGUCCACAGGUUCCCAGCAACCGAACCUGCCGCCCGGGUUCCGGUUCCAUCCCACCGACGAGGAGCUUGUCGUUCACUACCUCAAGAAGAAGGUCUCCUCCGCUCCCCUCCCCGUCGCCAUCAUCGCCGAGGUCGACCUAUACAAGUUCGACCCCUGGGAACUUCCUGCUAAGGCAGUGUUUGGGGAGCAAGAGUGGUAUUUCUUCAGCCCGAGGGACAGGAAGUACCCGAACGGAGCGAGGCCAAACAGGGCAGCCACGUCUGGGUAUUGGAAGGCGACGGGGACCGAUAAGCCCGUGCUCACAGCUAAUGGAAACCAGAAGGUAGGGGUGAAAAAAGCUCUGGUCUUCUACGGAGGGAAACCCCCGAGAGGGAUCAAAACCAAUUGGAUCAUGCACGAGUAUCGCCUCGUCGAUAACAAGCCUAACAACAAGCCUCCUGGGUGUGACUUAGGCAGCAAGAAAAACUCUCUACGGCUGGACGACUGGGUACUGUGCCGAAUCUAUAAGAAGACCAACACACAGAGAUCACCCAUGGAUCAUGAAAGGGACGAUUCAAUGGAUGAUAUGAUUGGAGCUGGAGGGGUGCCUUCGUCAAUCAACGUGGGCCAAAUGAAUGCGAGAUUUCAUCUUUCCAAGAUGUCCACAUUAAGCUACGGUGGAACCGCAUUGCUGGAGAAUCAUCAUGACCAGAACUUGCUGGAAGGGGUUGUACUGAGCAGCAACCAUAACAAGGAACCAGAUCUUCAACUUCCCUUUGUGACAACCAUGACUACCACGACUGCCUCUAACUCAAACGCGAAACGAACGCUGUCUUCUCUGUACUGGAGCAAUAAUAACGAAGAGGAGGAUGUGAACGGCACAAAAAGGUUGGGUUUGGAUGAGAAUCUUCAUCAUCAUAAUAACAACAACGAGGGUGGCAGUAAUUCCAUAGCCACCUUGCUUAACCAGCUUCCUCAGACUCCUUCAUUGCACCACCAAACAACGCUUAGCUCCUACCCAUAUUCGAUACCUGGAAUGAAUUGGUAUACUUGAUUUCGCUUCUCAAUCAAGAGUUGGCUCAUUAAUAUCUGGUUAUGAACGAUAACAUAGAACUGAUGGAAGAAGCGAGAAAGGAGAUCGAUCAGACUAAAGAGACAUGAAUGGCUUAUAUAUAUUAAUUAUACUGAGAUUUUGGCUGUUCGGAUUAUUGGAAGCCGGUUAGAAGGCUAAUCAAGUAGAUAUAUAUGGCCUUAAAAUGGACUCUUUCCAACCAUGCAUUGGUGGGGGUUAUAGCUUGCAAUACUCUAGACGAAGGACGUGACACAUAAGGUGAGGCCAUGGAUAUUUUUAGGCAAACUAUAUAUAGCCUUUAUACAUUAUAUAUGGAUAUUUGCUUUUUUAUUCAUAUGUAAAGGAAAUCAGGGUUUCAGCUUUCAACAGACCAGAAAGUUAUAUAUUUACAUAUCGUUGCUAGCUUCAGGAUCAUAUUCACCAAUAAUAUUAUAGACAUAUCCCUGUACAUAUACUGUAGAAUUCUGAUGGAUGCAAAAGAAAUUAAUUACGGGCAAAUUAGUGGUGAUUAUGGUUUUUCUUCGUGACAUUGAUGAAUUUUUCAUUGGUCUUUUUCUAGCUGUAAUCUGACCGUGGCGAUGAAGAUUAAUUUAAUCUAAAA